AUGAUAGCUUCACAAGGCUCUAGUAAGAGACAGAAAAGUUUUCAACUUGCUAGAUCAAGCCAGUCUCAAAGGCAGGGUCAAAAAUCAGCUCAGAGUUUAGCAAGUAGGUAUGCUCAACAGACUACUUCUGUGGCCAGUUCUGGAGACUCAGGAAGAAGUCUUCCACCAGAGUGCGACCACUGCAAAAGGAGACAUACUGGUACUUGCAGAUUGCUGACAGGAGCUUGUUUCAUAUGUGGCUCUAUAGAUCACAUUAUGAGGGAUUGUUCUAAGAAGCAAACAGCCUCAGCACCAGCAAUAGAAAGAAUUGUACCAGUAACUCGAAAGACUAGAAGCAAAGGUAGAAGUGAGCCGACAGGUACCUCUAGUCAAAGAGUGUCAGAGACUGUGGACAGACCAGAAUCUAGAGCACCUGCCAAAGCCUAUGCCAUUAAAGCCAGAGAGGAUCAGGAUUUCCCAGAUGUUAUCAUAGACAUACUAGAUCAGGAUAUAGUAGUAACUAAUCCUUUUGGCCACAAUGUAGUUGUCAGUAAAGUAUUUAAAGAUUGCCCCAUUUUGAUUCACGAUCACAUUUUUCAUAGAGAUUUGAUUGAAUUACCUUUUCGAGAGUUUGAUGUGAUUCUAGGAAUGGAUUGGUUAUUUAGACACCAGGUUAUAGUUGAUUGUAGAAAGAAGAGAAUCACGCUAAAGACACUGAAAGGUGAAGAAGUAGUAGUUGUGGGCGAGAGAUCAGAUUUUCUCUCUAAUGUUAUUUUUGCUACUGCAGCCAGAAGAAUGAUAAGAAAGGGUUGUGAGACAUACUUAGCCUGUGUUUUGGAGGCUAAGAAAGAGAAACCUAUUGUGCAAGAUAUACCUACUAUUUGCGACUUCUUUGAUGUCUUUCCAGACGAAUUACCAGGAUUACCUCCAGAAAGAGAAGUAGAAUUUUCCAUAGAAGUUAUACCAGGCACUACACCCAUAUCAAUUGCUCCCUAUAGGAUGGCUCCCACAGAAUUAAAAGAAUUAAAACUAAAGGGAGCGGGUGUCUUUUCUAAAAUUGACCUAAGAUCAGGUUAUUAUCAGCUCAGAGUAAAGGAUGUAGAUAUUCCAAAGGCUACGUUCAGGACCCGAUAUGGACAUUAUGAAUUCCUUGUCAUGCCAUUCCGAUUGACUAAUGCUCCAGCUACAUUUAUGGACUUGAUGAAUCGUAUCUUUCACCCUUUCUUGGACCAGUUUGUUAUUGUGUUCAUAGAUGACAUUCUAGUCUAUUCAAAGACAAAAGAAGAGCAUGAUAGGCACUUGAGGAUUGUGUUACAAAUGCUAAGGGAGAAACAACUUUAUGCUAAAUUCAGCAAAUGUGAAUUUUGGUUGAAUGAAAUAUCUUUUCUGGGACAUGUAGUAUCUGCAGAAGGCAUAAGGGUCGAUCCCAAAAAGAUAGAGACUAUCCUUGCAUGGAAGCCACCCAAGAACAUUACAGAAGUCAGAAGCUUCUUGGAGUUAGCUGGUUAUUACAGAAGGUUUGUAAAAGGAUUCUCUCAAAUAGCUGCUCCAUUGACAAGGUUGUUGCAGAAAAAUGUCAAGUUCGAAUGGAAUGACAAGUGUCAGGCCAGUUUUGAUUGA